AUGCCAAAGUCUAGAUCACUGUCCUUUGCCUAUACAAGGACCUUAGACCUUAGUGACUCGGCCAAGGCCUGCGCUGUCCUGAAGGCGAUAGGAAGAUCCAUCUAA